AUGACUCGACAAAUCGUGCUCCGCCGCCAACCUCUACUGGCGGACAAGAAUUCGACGACGAACCAGAAGACGAGGUUCGCAGAGGUUGCCGGAGAGACAACCGCAGAGUGUGCCGCCGUAUGUUGCUGCUUCCCUUUCGGGAUUCUGAACCUUCUCGUCCUCGCCAUGUAUAAGUUGCCUGCGGGUCUAUGCAGGAAAGCCUUGAGGAAGAUGAAGAAGAAGGAGAAACAGAGAUUGAAGAACGGGGGGCUUUUGAUGAAGAGACCCAACAGGUUUUCGGUGGAUUUAUGGCCGUUGGAUAAUUCGGACAAAGACAAAGACGAUCUAACGGUAAAAAAGGUUCUAGAGUUGGAGAAGGAGAUGUGGGACCGGUUCUACGGUACCGGAUUCUGGAGAAGUCCUUCCCAGAGGGAUUAA